AUGGAAGAAUUGGAUUUAGAACCAGCCGUCUGCUUGCGAGAAGGGCCUGAGCUUCUGGCUCAGUUGAGUGAUCACUUGACUAUGUUUCCAGAGUUAAAAGAAUUGAUCCCGGAGUGUGACAUCGCCAAAACUGAUGUCGGCGUCCCAGGCAUCACGACCCCAGAGAUGGAGGACAAGAUGCGGAAGAUCCUGACACCGGCCCCGGCUCGCGGAGUCAUUUGUGAUCUAGACGUGGGCGAUGCGAUGCCGAUAGCACUGCGCGCUAGACAGAUCGCCUCCGGGUAUUUGGUGAAGGUUUACGAACAGCUGAAGAAGCUCCUAGAGACCGGGCUCAUUGAACGCUCUGAAUCGGAAUGGUCAUCCGCGAUUGUGAUCAUUUUGAAGAAGAAUGGAGAAAAUAUCAAAAUGUGUGUUGAUUAUCGGCUAGUUAACCAGUUGAUCAAACUAUCACGACACCCCCUACCUCCGAUUAACGACCUACUGAAUGAUUUUAAUACCGCGGCAUGGUUCAUGAGUCUAGACAUGGCGAACGGUUUCUGGGCGAUUCAAACGACUGAGCGGGUGAAGUUGAUAUCGGCCUUUGUUUGCCCAUUCGGACACUUCCAGUGGCUCCGGAUGCCUUUUGGACUCAAGAACGCGCCGUUAGCGUAUCAGGGUGUAAUUAAUAAUUGUCCCUGGGGAUUCUUGCGGCUCCCACCUGAGGAAGAGGCCAAGGUCGAUCGGGAAGUCUUGGAAUUUCUGAAUUUGUCUGCCCCAGACACCGAGCCGACGAUCGGGAACCCUCGUGACGAAGGUAGUUUCAGACUUCCGGAGCUGACGAAUGAGGCGACAGCAUUCACGCGGAAUAUUCCGACACCGGCCUCAUGGGGCCCUACCUGGGAUCAACUCUGUGAGGGUCUGAAUGCUCUAUUGUUCCGACUCCGAUAUUGGAAUAUUUCGGUCGGUCUCCUGAAAAGUGGGUUCGGUAAGCAGGCUAUACUGUAUCUGUUCCACGAAGUCUGUGCCGAAGGCAUUAGAUCUACUCCGAAGAUUGCCAAGAGCGUUCAAGACCUACCAUUCACAUCGACUCUGAAGGGCGUUCAAUCGUUCCUCGGAAGUCUGAACUACUACACCAAGUUUGUUGAGGAUUUACCUGUUGUUGCGCCUGUGCUUUACGAGUUGGAUGAGGCCGUAGCCAAGGAUGCGUUCGAAACACUGAAACGUAAAAAUACAUCUACUCCGCUGCUGCGCCAUCCAGGCUGUACCAAGCCGUUUGUCAUCAUCUCACAUGCAACUCCCUGGGCGGCAUGCACUGUCCUGGGUCAGGAACACGGUGGGAUCAUCCAACCAGUGCGUGUGACAGGGUGGGUUCUGAAUGAGUCCGAACCCCAACACCACAUCGCAGAGAAGGAGGUGUUAGCGAUCCUGCAAGUUCUAGAACAGUUUCGCCUGCUCAUCUAUGGUUCGGGGAUACGGAUUGUGAUAGUCACUUGGUACUCGGUCCUGAGGUGGCUACUGAAGUCAAACCCCGACGUCAGCCGUCAUCUGAAAUGGGGUCUGGAAUUGUCGCAGUAG